AUGGGUGUCGAGGAGCAAGCCGAGGAAAUUAAUGUGCAGUCUAUGAUAGAGCAGCUUGCUCAGGCAUUUAUUGAAUUGGAAGCUCAGAAAGGGGAGUCUGAGAAUAAGAUUCAGUGGGUUGAAAUUAAGCAACAUUUACAUGACCUUGAGACGGAAUUGAAUAAGAAACUCAAAGAGCUGGAAGCUAAGGAGAGGGAGUAUGAACUGAAACAAUUAGAAGUGGAUACACUACUUGAAGAGAGGAAGACUGCGGUUGCUUCAGAAGAGCAAGACCUCUUAGAUAGGUUACAGGAGCUUAAAGAUGCUGCUGUAGCAUCCAUUAUAGAGGCUCAUGCAAAUCACCGGAAUGCAACUCUGGAGUCUGUGUAUGAUGGGGAGAACAAAGAUAACAAGGUAAGCAGCACUCUUGGCGAUACAAAUUCCUCAGAGGAUGAUUUUCCUGAUGAGUCAGGUGAGAAGUCUGAAGGUGUGGCUGUUGAGGUUAGGCCACACCCAGAGCUGACACAAUUUUGUGAACAAAUGGAUGCAAAAGGUCUUCUGAAUUAUAUUGUGGAGAAUAAAAAGAAAUUGUCUGUUAUUCGUGAAGAAAUUUCUGUUGCAUUAGUAAGUGCAACUGAUCCUGCACGUUUAGUGCUGGAUUCACUGGAGGGGUUUUACCCCACCAAUGAAACUUCCCAACUAAAAGAUAAAACGGGUGCUGCCCAACAGGGCAUGUGCAAAUAUUUUAUUAUAAUUUUGGAAGCCAUGGCCACCUUAUUGGCUAGGGCUAAACCAGGUGCAGAUCACCUUCUGAACCCUGAAACCAAGCAGCUAGCCAAAGCAAUUGCUGAUGAGUGGAGGCCCAAGUUAGCUAGAGCAGAUAUUGAUGCUGCCAAUGGAAAUUCAUUGGAAGCAAAGGCAUUCUUGCAGCUUAUUUCAACUUUUAGGAUUGCUUCAGAGUUUGAUGAAGAAGAACUCUGCAAGCUUGUACUUGCAGUUGCUCAGCUUAGGCAGGCUCCUGAGCUUUGCCGCUCUAUUGGGUUAAUUCACAAAAUUCCAGGUUGGUGUUCUUUUAAUAAACUGACCUGUGAUGUGCGCAAUGAAGGAUUGCCGUUUGUUGUAGAAACAUUAAUCAAUAAUGGGAAACAAAUAGCAGCUGUACAUUUUAUUCAUGCCUUCCAGCUUCAAGAAAGCUUCCCCCCUGUGCCCCUUCUGAAGGGAUACCUCAAGAAUAGAAGGAGAAAUUCACAAGUGAAGACUGGAAAUGUGCGUGAUAUUGCUAGUGCGAAGAAUGACGCCAAUGCACAAGAGCUUGCAGCUCUGAGAGCUGUAAUUAAGUGUAUUGAGGAAUACAAGCUUGAAUCUGACUACCCACUUGAUACACUUAAGAAAAGGGUUCUUCAACUAGAGAAAUCAAAGGGAGAUAAAAAGAGAAGCGGAGAGUUUAGCAAACGGCCUCAAUCGAAGAGGCCAAGGCCUAAUGAGAGAUAUUUUUCACUCCAUUCAUCCGGUGUUAACUCCGCCUCAACUGUUGCUUUGGGUAGGCAGGUUCCCCAUGUUAGGGCACCAUAUGCAGGAAAUCCCGAUAGGUAUCCCCACGCUGGUACAAUCACGUACGAUUACCAAGUUCCUGGCCAAUCUAUAUACUCUGGACCAGCUAGUAUACCUCCUUCUAACUAUGGUCGUUAUAUGGGUACUAGUUUGCAAUCCUCGCACCAGCCAUACAUGUGA